AGUGACAAUAGACAUGAUGAAUGAACGCACUUGAACCAAUUUGCUCUCCAACUAUCAAAUCAAUUUGAAAAUGAAAUUCCUGCCUAUAACUAUUUUCUUUAUUUGUUUAUUACUUAUUAACUAAAAUACUUUGCAGUUACAGGAUUUUUUAUAAUUGGCUAUCAAAAAUCUCCCGAGCUAUCAGACACACAAAAAUAAAAUGACUGAUACAGACAUAAAAGAACUUCGGAAACAAUGCAUUGCCAGCCUAUAUUUAUGCACUGACAAUAUCUGUAAAUAUUUGGAUGAUGAAAAAAAAGCAGAAUUUGAUAAACUCAAAACUCUUGUUGGAGAAUAUUGUUACCAGGAGGCGCAGCAAGAAGUUGCUAUUCAAGCCCUAGAGAAAGCCAAGAGGGAAACUGACUCUGAUGUAGAUAGUUUAGAGAGCAGAUUUAAAGAGAACCUUACAAGCUUAGCUGGGAAAAGGGCGGAUGUAAAUAAACACCCUUUCAUGAUAGAAAUCAAUAAAAGAUAUCAGCAAGCACAACAAGUUGCUAGACAAAACUUGGACGAAUCUGAUUUAGCUAUAACUGAAACACAGGAUCGAUACAUUGAUCCAAUUACAAAGAAACCUAUAGAAGACCCCGUGAAGAACACAGUUUGUGGUCAUAUCUAUGAAAGGGACUCCAUCAUGAAUCUAAUCAACAGAAAUAACAGAACUAAGUGUCCAGUGGCUGGAUGCGGUAAUAAAGGUCCCAUAAAGAAACAACACCUACUGUCUGAUGAGGAGUUGAAGUUCAGAAUGACCAUCACACAGCACUCUACCAUGAUUCAGGAGAGAUCAGUUAUGAAUUUAGAUGACUCUAUGGAGUAGUCUUCCCAUGAGAUAAUGAAAGUGUCAGCUCCAGAUAUUAUGAAUGUGAUGAAGAGGAUGACGAAGAAGAUGAACUAUCGUAGCUGUCGGUGACGCCAGAUUGAAUUGUGCUCCAGUGAUGAGUGGGCUCAGUUUUUAUGCAUCAUCAUAUGAAAAAUAAAUCAUGUUAUUAUGAUGACUUCUAUUUGUCUGAAUAUUAAGAAAUGGGAAGGAAUAAUGUACCUAUUAAUAAAAAAAAUC